CCAUGUUCCAGGGGCAGCGUGGUUGGUUCUGCCGCAGCGUCAGUCAGGACUUGCGGCAGUUCUGGGUGGACGAAGGCGGGACCGUCAGCGAUGCCCAGGCCGCCGACUUCCUGUUCAGCUGCGAUGCCUCGCACCCGGACACGCUGAGGUACCCCAGGGUCACCCGCUAGAGCCACGCAUAGACGUGGCGGUCCAGUUAUCCCCACUGGGGAACAGCAAGUUUGCAGCCCUCGUCCUGAGGGAUGCCGUUCUCCUUUCUUUCCUUCCGCCCGCCCUCGCCUUCUGCCUGUCCCUCCGGUCUCUAACGGAAUCCCGCUUUUGAAUGUCCAGCUGUCACGUGAAAGUUGCAGGUUCCAACCAGGUAUCACCUCGACACCGGAGCACGUCCUGAGUUCUGCAAGCUGAAAAUCUACCCCCCACCCUUUUUUGUCUUUUUUCUCUGAGACGGGCUCUUGCAAUGUAGCCCAGGCUAGCCUUGCACCUCAUGCUUUUCCUGUCUUGGCAUACUAAGUCCCAAGAUUAAGAUUUCAGGCACGUGUCAAGACUGGGCUUUCUGGCAUCUUAACUAACUGCUAUUACCACGAAUGAAUCGGUACCCAAUACCAUGGAACAGGCUCCAGUAACAGUACUUCCUCCGCAUUGCUGCUUUUACUAGCACUGUAAUUACCCCUUGCCAGGACCAUCACAGGAACUUCCUAAGAGACCACUCUGCCUCCAUGUGUGUCCUGCCAUCUCCUUUCAUAACUGCUGUCGCGUACUGAACGGAGAUCUGCGCCUGGCCUGCCCUCGCCCCACUACCUACAGGCUUAGAAAAGAUGUUUUCUGUAUGUGAAAGCUUCUCUAACUGGAUGCCCACUCGACCUCGGAAUUAAUUGAUUUCUUUUCAUGGCAGUAACUAUGAGUAACACUCCUUGCGCUGCUGGCUUUCGGUCCACUGUUGAUGGCCAGCUGACUACUGUUUUAGGUCUUUUGUAAAUUUAUAUAAUCAUUUACCCACUCGAAAGCUGAGAUUUGCCUACAUGUAGGUCCUCAAACUAACAGACCUGAAAUUUAUUCAUUCUUGCCAGGAAAAAAGGACCAUCAUAAAUGUAUUCUUUAAUGUUAGCAGUAAUCCUACUUGAAGUCAUUUGUUUUUCUUUUGAAAGGUUGAAUGCAUUCCUGUCUAUUUCAUAACCUAGAAGAUUUCCUUUCUUCUAGAAUAUAUCAGAGCCUCGAGUACAUAGAAGAUAAUGCUACAGUUUUUCAUGCCUACUAUCUUUCUGCAGUAGCUAAUACUGAGAUGAAAAACUCAGUGGCCUUGGGCCAUUUUGUUCUUCCUCCUGAAUGUCUGCAAAAAGAAAUACGAAGAAAAAUUGGUAGUUUUAUUUGGGAACAAGAUGAAAAUGUUCUGAUAGAAAAGCAUGACAGGAUACCAUCAAAUGAGAGGGGAAGCAGUGAGCCAACCACAGAACACAAGAAAGAGUUGUCUGAAAGUGCAGAGAAUGAUUUUAUAAGGACUCCGGUUGUAGAAAAGCAGAUGUACUUCCCUCUUCAGAAUUAUCCAGUGAACAACAUGGUAACAGCAUUCUUCCUUCCAGGCUAUGGGGCAGGAUCUUCCAGAACAAAGCAUCUCCUGAGCUACCAUCAAUUAGAUAAGGGUUAUAUAUCAAUUGAUGCCUUGGAGAAAUUCCUUGGAGAAUUACAUGACUUCAUUCCUGGAAGCUCAGGAUAUUCGGCAUAUCAUGUUCAAAAUGAAAUUAACAUGUCUGCUAUAAAAAACAAAUUAAAGAGGAAACUAAGUUAAAUUGUA